AACCCCGGAGUCCACAUCCCAGCUCUGUGAUUGAGUGAUUGUCCGUGAUCUCCGGACGAACAUCAUAACAAACAUUGACCAUGUCGGUUCAAUGCUUGGCUCCGGAUUGCGAUCAUCGGCAAUCCCUCAAGACCCAUGACAAAGGCAUUCGAUUCGUCAGUUUCCCCUCGGAUCAAAUGGAACGCGAAUCAUGGUUGACCAUCAUGGAACUGCCUUCGACCACCGCCAUACCCGAGGCCGCUUAUCUAUGUUCGAGUCAUUUUCAAGCUCGCGAUUUCCGAUUUGACUUGCGGAGAAAUCAUUAUGAGCUGAAGUCCGGGGUCAAACCCAGUAUCUUUGAUCAUACCAGUCAUUUGAAUCCGGAUGGCACGGAUCGAGUGGCUUUUCGAGCUCAUAUUCGCACACUCUACGUGUUCAAUCCUGAGACAGAUUUCGAGGAGCCCGUUGAUUCCGAGGAACGCACCUUUACCUUUGAUUCGCCGUGGCUUCAGCCGCAAAUCCGAUUGGUGCCCUUAGAUCCGAACACGGUCGAGCUCUAUACGGAUCCGCUCGAGAUGGAUGCGGAUUUGCAAAUCGAUUCCAUUCCCGGUCAAGUUCGAUCCAUGGCCGAGUUAUCCGAACACUAUCAGAACCCUCCUCAAACUACGAGCGAACCCGGUCAACCUCGCUCCAUCGUGAUUUCACGGAAAAAUGCGGAUGGCUCUGUGACACCCGUGGCUUCCAAGCCCAUUCAUGAGAUCUUAAGUUUGGCUGAUCCCAUUUUCCAAACCAUUCCGCCCGAACAACGACGCCUCAUCAUGGCUCAGUUUGGCGUCCAAGAUCUGCCCGAUUUGCCUCCUCCGGAUUAUGAUAUCCCUUUGACGUUGUCCACCAAAAACGCCAACGGCUCAUCGUCGGUGGUAGCCACGAAGAUGCUCUCACAGCUCCAAUCCCUGAGCGAUCCCUUUUUCCAAGACUUGUCUUUAGCUGAACGCCAACGAAUCUUAUCCAAUUUGGGUGUGAGAGUCAGAGAUAACCAGAUUAUACCGUUCAAGCCCGGAAGCACGAACUCUCAGAGUGGCAUUCCCAUUCCCAAAGGCUAUUCCAAGGAGGGUCAUCCGGUAUUUGGGGCGGUCAGUCAAACCCGGUCAUCUGUAGGCGCUGCCAACGGGGUAAAGAAGACCAAGAAGAAGAAAAUGACCAAAAUCAUGCUCAAACUCCGACAGACCCGGUCCAAGUUGGAAAGUGACAAUAGCAUCAUCGCUACUUUGAGGCGGAAGAUCGCCAGUAUGGAGCGUGAGAUGGCGACUUUGCGCCGAAAAACAUCCUCUACGGGCGAAAAUGUGGUAGACCGAGAGAAACGUCUUACCAAAGCCAUCACCGAUCUGAACAAUACCGAGUUGAUUACCCGUAAGACCCAAACCAGGAUCCGGGACUUCAAGGCCAAGACUGACGCCGACCUUGAGUUCAGUGAUGAUGAGCAUUUCUCCAAGAAGCGAGAUAUAUUGCCCUCGUUGUCGUGGAAUUCAACGAGCAUCAACGGGCAACGAAUCUUGACCGUCGGAACCGGGCGUUCCCUAAGAGCCAACGGCAUGAAAGCGGAAGAUUUGGCCGACUUUCAAAUCCCUUCCAAUAUCGUGGUUUAUGACGAACCUCCGCCCAGUGCCAAUAUCAAGCGUCCUCGAAGGAAGCUCAAGGCUCGCACGGGCGGAAAAAAGAGAAGCACUGACGUUAUCGCCACCCCUGCUAACACCACCGCCACCAACACUGCCAACACCUCCACCACCAUUACGUCAUCAGCCACGUCUCCGCUCAAAUCUGAAGUGGUUGAAGCAUCUACCGAAGCCAUUGUUCAUGAGAUGGUGUCCGAGGUUGUGGAACCGCCUUUGCCGGUGGCACCCACAGAAAUGAUGCAAGUUCUUCCCGCUCAAGUGAGCGAGACUUGUUCGAUCACGACUAUUCCCAUGGGCACACCCGGCCACGAUAUCCAUGUUCAAGCUACGCAAGUACCUGUUACCUAUAGUAUGAUGAUCGAUGCGGGUAACACCGUCCACACCACCGUGAUCAAUGCUGAAGUACUCACUUCGAUGUCGGGAACAGGACCCGAUUCGAUCCCUUAUGAAACGAUCACCACCAUUGAGAUCCCCAGUAAACCAGAAGAUCUAGAACAUGCCUAUGGGAACCAAGUCGAGACCGUUAUUCACACCACUGAGGCUGGCGUGGUGAACUCUGGGAAGAUGCAGGUGAUGGAAGAGACCGUGGAUGAAAUGCUGUCGAGAGAUAUGCCAUCGGCUGAAGAGUUAUUUCAUUCUAUGAAGUAGGAGUAUCAAAAAAAUAUUAUUUUGUAAUAAAUAUGUACUUCGAAUUU